AAAGCUCAAGAAAUGGCUGAAGUCGCGCAGUAUUUUGUACUGCUUUCAUAUAUGAAAAAGCCGAAACCUUGGAGAGAAGUUUGUAUUGACAACAACAGCAUACGAAGUCGAAAUGAAAAGAUAAGAACUGUUAAUAGCAUUUGCAGACGGCUGCUAGUAAAUUGUGCUCCUGAUAUUUUUGCAAAGAAUGAGCAGUUGAAAGUUAAAGGAAAAAAGUAUCGUCGAAAAAGAAAAGCUGAACCUCCCUUCUUAAUAAGGAAUUGCAUAAGUGGACAUCGAAAUUGGGAGAAUUAUACUAAAAAAAUGCAGUAUUGGAAGAAAGUAAAGAGGCAGAGAAAAGAAAAUAGUUUUACAUGUGAUUUUUCCAAAUCUUCAAGUGAUCGAACUGGAUUUAUGGAUAUUACAAAUGAUCCAAAGGAGCUUUCAAGUGCGACGUCUCUGUCAGAAGCUAAUAAGAUGCUGCUGCGUUCUUUUUAUACAGUUUGGCAUAUUAGAUAUAUCUCAAAGAAAACAUUCAAAACAAGAGAAGAUGCCGAAAACGCUUUGAGACAGCUUUCACUUUCAUCUGUCGUUGAGAAAAGCAUGAAAGUCACACCAAGAGGUGGUAUUAAAGCAGAAGUAAUUGAAGAUAAGUCGAAAUUAUCAAAACGAGCAAUACAAACUUUAAAUCGAUGGGCUCGAGUUAUUGAGAAUGAUUUAGAAGAUGGGUAUGAGUCAGGAUACAGUGAUGAUCCCGUUGAAGUAAGACAUCAAACAUAUAGUUUGUAA